GGGCAGAGCCUGUGCUGGGAUCAGCAGUCCAGCAGAGAUAAGCGUGUGCAGGCCAGCAGGUGCGGGCCCAGCCAGCGGCCCUCAUGUCUGCAGAGGCCGCCGUGUCUAUGGGGGACCUUGAAUUCGGCAGCGGCAAGGGGAAGGAGCCGAGCGUGGAGGGCAGGGCGCACGGGUGGUGGCAUGAGCGCUUUGUGCGGCCCUGCCUGGUCGAACUGCUGGGCUCUGCCCUCUUCAUCUUCAUCGGGUGCCUGUCGGUCAUCGGGAACCGGCCGGAAGCCGGGCUGCUGCCGCCGGCGCUGGCCCACGGGCUGGCGCUGGGCCUCCUCGUCGCCACGCUGGGCAAUAUCAGCGGUGGACACUUCAAUCCUGCCGUGUCCCUGGCGGCCAUGCUGGUCGGAGGCCUCAACCUGACGAUGCUGCUUCCCUACUGGGUGUCCCAGCUGUGCGGGGGGCUGCUCGGGGCCUCCCUGGCCAAGGCGGUGAGUCCUGGCGACAGGUUCUGGAACGCGUCCGGGGCAGCCUUUGUGACGGUGCAGGAGCCGGGGCAGGUGGCGGGGGCCGUGCUGGCAGAGGUCGUCCUGACCACACUGCUGGUCCUGGCUGUCUGCAUGGGCGCCAUCAACGAGAAGACGCAGGGUCCGCUGGCCCCGUUCUCCAUCGGAUUCUCCGUCACCGUGGACAUCCUGGCAGGGGGCGCCGUGUCCGGAGCCUGCAUGAACCCUGCCCGUGCCUUUGGACCGGCUGUGGUGGCCAACCACUGGGCCUUCCACUGGAUCUACUGGCUGGGCCCGCUGCUGGGCAGCCUGCUGGUCGGAGCGCUCGUCAGGUUCUUCAUUGGAGAUGGGAAAACUCGGCUCAUCCUAAAGGGACGCUGAAGCCGGUGCUGGGCUUCCCGCGGCCCUGGCGCCCUUGGUCCUCGGCAAGUUCUGCACUGCCCGCUGCUGCACAGCCCCAGGGAGCGCGGCUCCUUCCCUGGCAGGGCCUGGCUUCUCGCUGGAUGGCCUGCUGCUCGGCCCCGAGGUGCUCUAGGCUCAGAGGAGUGCCUGGUGCCCAGCAGAGCCCUCAGCCUGGGCAACGUGGCCAGCACUGCCCAGAGGGAGGUGGAAACAGCACGUCAGAAAUGUUCUCCUGAGGGGGACGGUCCCAGGAGCAGAAGAGCACCUGGGCGAGGUGGCUGUCCAUGUACAUCAGUUCACUUCCGCCCGCCCUCCUCCCUCUCCCUUCCCUGGCUCCUCUGUUGCAGAAGGGCCUUCUGUGGUCUCUUUCCUCGCUUCCUGAGCUGCCAACCUAGCUUUGCAAUAAAUAGUCCCAGAUUUCCUUCCA